UCUCAGUCGAGAUCAGGCUUAUGGUGGUGAAGGGGGCUUAUAACUUUUGACCCCCUCCAGUCCAGAUCACCCAUGUGAACUGUUUGACCUGGGAUAAAGCUCCCAUUAUCCUAUGAUAAAUGCUAUUAUAUGUCCUGUAAAUGAUAUGGUUCCUUGGGCUCUCUUUCCUUUAACUGAAUUAGUCUACAGCAUGUUGAUGAUGGUUUCACACAAGAAAUGAAGUGCUUCUACUUUCCUUAAUGUUAUUGUAAACUUUAUAAAACUUUGCAAAAGUUGAAAUGUGCAAUCACAUUUUGUCACACAUUGACUAGUCAGGGCUACGUCACGCACUAAAUUUUUCAGCUGUGCACCAGAAAUGACAUACAGCUAAAAACAUCAUGUGUGGAUACAGCAAGCAUGUUUGCGCACAUGCAUUGUAUAGCUGUGUUCACCAGGCAGCUGUGAUUGACUGUUGCUUUCUGUUGAAUGUAAAUGUAGUGGCCAGCUCACCCUCCAGUUUAUGUGAACUGACCUUUCUCUAUUACACCUUUUUCAUGGCAAAAAUACUGUGUGGCGUAAUCAUACUGCUGCUGCUGUCUUGUGUGAAAACACCCCAAAUAUUUCUUAAUGUGGGCUUAGAAGUUUGCUGCCAUGACUGGGAAGAGAAGUCAGACAGGAGUUCACGAUUCUGCAAGGAUCUUCCACUGUGCAAGGAAAAGCCCUCCUGUUUUGAGAAUGAUGGCUCUAAGUCGUCCUUAUCAUACAGUAUUCCACUAACUUUCUCACAUAUGCCUACUUGCUUAGUCUCAUCAUGUUUCUUAUUCUUUUGAUUCCCCACCCCCACCCCACAGUUUACAGAAGGAAACCAAAUGUGGUAAAUGUGUUAACAGAAUAACUGCAUACAACUAGGGAGCUACAGCAUUCUUGAGAUUUUGAACUAUAGUAGGUAGAUUGUGGGACAGUUACCAUUAUAAAUAACUAAAUACACAGAGUAGGUCUGUCUGUCUGAAUCUACCUACCUACCUACCAACCUUUGUAAUUUAAUUUUUUCAGGUAAGUAUAUUCUAGUAAAAUGACUUUUAAUGUUUCCCACUUUAAUUAAACUUCAUGCAAAAAUAAAGCUAUACUUUGUUAUUAAAAGAUCUUUUACUUGUAUAUUUUUGGGUGGUAUAUAUAGGUAUUUAUGUCCCCAAACCUAUUGGACAUAAGUUUUGGGCGGUAUAUAAAUGUGCUAAACAAAUAAAUAUUAUUGAAAAAUGGGAAAUGUUUAUAGCACAUAUCCUAGCCAUUCAUAAAAAUGUUUAUAGUACAUAUCCUAGCCAUUCAUAAAAAUGUUUAUCGUGCAUAUCCUAGUCAUGCCAAAUAUUCAAUGGGAUAUUUGCUAUUUACUGAAGUACAGAAUUAGGCUAGAAAUGUCUUAAAAUCAGUUAUUCCAAUCUUGUUUAUUUACAUACCUGUAUAACUUUACAUCUAUGUGGAGUCCAUUAAAUAAGACAACAAUGCAACAUGAGACUACGAACACUAGUGAAACUGCACAUCUGCUCAAGGGUACAUGAGGCAUUAGUAUUAUUUUGUGUGUGCACGUUUGUGAGAUAGCAAGGAUUUUCUUUUGAUUUUUUUGUUGCUAGCUGUGCUUUUAAAUAUGUAUUUUUUUAUUUGAAUAUUCCUAAUUAUGAGGAAAAUACAACUGUUUCCAGAGUCAAAAUGGAACUUUGUUUUGUUGACAUGGUCAUUUGCUGGCAUUUCCAUUGUGGGAAAGUUGAACCUGGGCUGGAAGUCCCUCCUGGAUCAGGUGAGGGAGGAACAGAAGAUGUCUCCUGAAAAAAAUGUAUCUCAAUGAAGAUCACAUUUCCUUUUCUACAAAGAAAACAGACCAAUUAAGGCAACAACAUUUUACCCAAAGAAGUCAAUAUUAUGGUGGUGAUGAUGACGACGACUUGGGUGUAUCUUUCUAACUGUGUAUAUCAUUAUGAAAUGGUUGAAGAAAACUUCACAGUGGAUAUCUGGACUUGUUUUAUUGGCACUGAAAAAAACAAAAUGAAAGAAAGACCCAUGAACAGUAGGAAGGCCUUAAAAAGACUUUGAGAAGAAGCUGUAUCUCCUGCUUGGCAGUCAGAAUGUUAGUGAGACUCAAUGCACUCAGAGAUGUUUUGUCCCAGCAAGCAAUGAGUCUGAUGCAAGGGCUCCUUCCUAGUCUCAGGCAUGGCUUCAGUAGAUGCUCUUCUAGACCCAGAAGCUGGUGAUGCUGCUGAUGUCCUUUGAAAUGCUUCUGGAUGCUCUGAGCUAACAUGGAGGACUCAAGAAAUGUCUCGAUCAUCAGAUAUUCAAUUUCACUUCUAGAAGACCAAUUCAUAACACACAGACUCAGACACUGAAGAAAAGGGAUUGAAAAAUGGAUGGCAAUGAAUGUAUUGCAGUUUUGCAUAACGUCAGGUAGCAAAAAUGUGCCAGCCUGUGGGAAAGAUGGCAGGGAUGAACAUUCUGUCACGUCUCUCUUUUUACAGCAGAGGAAAGGGCAAUAUCAAGACUUGGAGAAUGAAGCAGAAUUAUGGGAAACACUGGAGGAUGACAAAAAGACAAAUCUUCGCUUACAGAAGAUGACUUCACUCCAAAUGGAAACUGAUGGCUUAUAUUUCCAUUCGUCUUGGAAAUGUCUUUGUCGUUAGCCUCGCCAUUGCUGACCUGGUGGUAGCAAUCUACCCAUACCCUCUGGUCCUGACAUCUCUCUUUCACAAUGGAUGGAACCUGGGAUAUGUCCAUUGCCAAAUCAGUGGCUUUCUCAUGGGCCUAAGUGUAAUUGGAUCCAUAUUCAACAUCACUGGAAUUGCUAUUAACCGGUACUGCUACAUCUGCCACAGCCUCAAGUAUGACAAGUUAUACAGUGAUAAGAACUCAUUGUGCUACGUCAUUCUUAUCUGGGUCUUAACAUUUGUUGCCAUCGUGCCCAAUUUUUUUGUUGGAUCCCUUCAGUAUGAUGCCAGGAUCUACUCAUGUACCUUUUCCCAGUCAGUGAGCUCUGCAUACACAAUAGCAGUUGUGUUUUUCCACUUUAUGCUCCCCAUAGCGAUAGUUACUUUUUGCUACUUGAGAAUAUGGAUCCUAGUCAUUCAGGUACGGAGAAGAGUUAAACCUGACAAUAAACCCAAACUAAAGCCACAUGACUUUAGGAACUUUGUCACUAUGUUUGUGGUCUUUGUGCUUUUUGCUGUCUGCUGGGCUCCUUUAAACUUUAUAGGCCUUGCUGUGGCAGUCAACCCAGAAACAAUAACUCCCAGGAUUCCAGAGUGGUUGUUUGUUUCUAGUUACUAUAUGGCAUACUUCAACAGCUGCCUUAACGCUAUCAUUUAUGGACUUCUGAACCAGAACUUCAGACGAGAAUACAAACGAAUUAUUGUGACAAUUUGUACAGCAAAAUUUUUCUUCCAGGACAGCUCUAAUGAUGCAGUAGACAGGAUGAAAAGCAAACCCUCACCACUGAUCACAAACAACAAUUUAGUGAAGGUCGACUCUGUGUGAAAAUAGAAACACCGUUAUGGACAAUUUACAGACACUCCAAUGUGUACAACACUGAAAUGGUAUAUCUGUUUUGUUAGCCCCACAAUUCAAGUUAUGUAAUGAAACACUGAUCUGCUAAUGUACAAAUGUAUUUGGAUGAGAUUCUGUGUACAGUAUUUUUGAGCCAAAGUAACAUUUUUAUAUAAAGUUCUCCUAUUGCACUACCUGAAAUAUUGCAUACAACAGGCAUAAUUCCAACCAAAGUUAAGGACUCUUAAGACCCAUUGAUGCCAGUGGCAUAGUUAAGCAUGUGGUUAAAUCUCUCCUAUUGAAAUCUUUGGUUCCCAUUUUUGGACUUUGGCUCCCAUUUCCCUUGGUUGGAACAAGCCCAGUCACAACUACAAACUUAGGCUAUUACAGAACUGCAGAACAAAUGCUUGUAAAUCUUUUGUUUAAUUUAGAUACUCACUAGAGAUGGGUUGGCACUAAUAGAGUCAUGCUACUUGUCUAGCUUUACAAAAUCAGCACCCUAACGUUCUGGAAUUGUAAUGAAUUGGUGCAAAGCACAGUUGUGGUAGCAUAACUUUCUACCCUCAGUAACUCUUGCUAGAGUAAAAUGGGUGUGAUGAAUAAGAAUAUCUCACACAUACCUGUACAUGUAAUAAGUAAAAAUGUGCACAAGAUCAUGAGGCAAAAACAAGGUGGUACUGGUGAACUAUCAGAACAUCAGUAAACCAUGAGACACUAAACUAUCAAAAAGAGUAUUGAAUGAUAAGGAAAUUCUAAACCUUCCCAAGCUUCUGAGUUGUGCUUGUGCGAGGAAAUGAUACACACUAAAGUAACCAAGGGCAAAAGGGUUCUGCAUGGAUAAGAAAUGGUGAGAGAAUUUAUUCUCCAUUCAGAGACCACUGAGUCUCUGUUCAAGAAAGAACUGCCAGUCUCAGAGUCUUUUUCAGCCAUAAGAGCUUUUAUGAAGCUCUGUGAAAUAAUAUGGCUCCUGCUUUUAUGACAUAUAGAGUUGGAUCCCAUCUAGUGCUUCUGGGAACAAAUGACCUUCCUUUCACUCAAGGGAAAGGACGUGUUCUUAAUGUAUCAUCCCUUCCUUUUGUGGCCUCUUGAGGCCCCCCCCAUGUGCCCCUGAGAGUGCCCCAACCCUCAGGGAAAUAUUUUAAGGAGUCAUGAGGGGCUUAAGAGAAAGGAGAGGACUGACAAAAAUUACCCACCCACUUGCGCAAAUGGAAUUUCUUCCAUUUGUGAAUGUACUAGUUGAGAUCCAAGUCACGAUAUCAGAGAUACAUUCUAAAUUCUAAAUUCCCUUGUGACUUUUUUGUGUGUGCUAUAAACACCUAGUAGAUAGUAGACAUAUAAGGAUAAUAUAAGUGGAUGAAAAUAAAAGGUACCACUUGUUGGAAGAAAAAAACCACGACCAGUUAUUUCCAAUUUAUCCCACAGAUCUAUGCCUUCCCAGAAAUGCCUGUUGUCUUUUGGGCUGAGAGAAAUAGAAGCCCUUCAAAGUGUAGGCUAUACAACACGAUCAUUUCCAGUUACAGGCUGUUUAGGAACAGAGACAUGCUUUGUUCAAAGAUAUAUACAAAAAACCCUUUCAAAUUCUAAUUCUUUUUCUUAGAAGUAUUCUAUUUGGAAAUAUGCCACAAUUGAGAACCAAAACUCUUUGGUUUCAAGUUUUCUGCAGACCUAACUUUCUCCUAAUCAUCCACUAUCCUGUUCCGUAUAUCCUCAAGUGGCGUCAACUAUGCCCUGUAUUAGUUCGAACUAUCUCUAUGGUGUGGGGGAUGUUUGACUUUUGUUAUUGUAAGUUAAAAUUGUACAGUCUAGCUAACCAGGUUUAUCAAAUCACUUAUAUGUAAUAUAAUCUCAAAUAUUUGGUUUCCAACACUUCAGAUACAAUGCCUUUGAAAAUGCUGAAUGUUCACCACAUUCUAUAGAUCCUUGCGGCUCUAGUCAUGCAGUUGAAAAACAGCUGAGGUAUAAUAUUACUGUACAAUCUAAUGUAGCUCAUGUGGGAAAGAACAUACAUUCAUAUAUCCUUGAAACCUCCACUUACAUUUGAGCGGGAUUUUUUUUUUAAAAAAAAAUUGAGAAACAAGAGCCUUGUGUUAUGCUUAGCUCACUUAAGUUUGCAAUGGAAUUACCAACAACCACCACCUUUCUGCGUCUGAACAAGCCAGUCAAUGGAUUUCUUGAGCCACUCGACUCACCUUUGUUUACACACAAACCAUUCUUGCCAAUCCAAUCACUGUGUAAAUAACCAGUGCUCUACUUUUGCGACAUCAUGUGGUAUGAUUGACAAACUAAAUUCUAUAUCACAGCUUCCUUCACUGUGAUUCCAUCCUUAGAGGAUGCUUAGUGGUGUAUUGGCAUUGCUUUGUAUGUAGUGAUAUCAGAACAAUAAAGGUGGCCAGACCAUCAGAUUUUAAUCCUAUAUGAGAAAUACACGAUAUAAAUUCUUAUGAAAAUAUUGCCUUACUUAAACAAUGGUAUGACUAUUAUUAAAGUAAUGUUUUACGAUGCAUCUGAGAAAGUAGCAUAAAUGUAGUUUCAGUAGCUUGAUCAAUAUUUAGGUUUGGUUUUUUGUUUUAAAGAGGGGCUUCAGUUCCCCUUUACAAACUAAGAUCAAAUUGAAAAUAUACAUGCCUUGAAAAAAGUCUUCAAACUAGUAUAUAUCAAUCAAUGUGGGUUACCUGAGGAGCUCAAGUCCCUUUUAAUUCACAAAUGUUAAAUAUAUAUAUUUUUAUUGUAAUUUUGAAAAUAUCAUUUGCUAUAUGCAAUAAGAAGUACAUUAUGCCAAAGGUCUAUAUUUUGGUGAAAAGGCCAGUUGUUAAAAUGGAUAGCAUUUUCAGAUCUGGUAUUUUAAAAUAUUUGUAUUAAAUAUAAACUCACAGGAAAUAUGCAUGUUGGUGAUGUUGACAAGCUGCUAAAUAUAGCAAUAAUUUUAAAGAUC